GCUUUGUCUGGUGCUACGUUUGGAUUUUUGGGAGUGAACUAGCACACGUUUGUCCGCCUUGCCAAUGUGAGUCACUGUUAAAUUUGGCAAAGUGGAUUUGUCGAUCCCCCCCCAAGUUUGACUCCUCAGACAUGCCGUAGUCCAGGAAGUAAUGUUUCACAACGAACCGGCGUGCAGUACGGUGACUUUCACGGGUUGACUGACAUCCAGUGGGGGUUGUGUAAACGGAGCUAAACCCGUCCUGUCUACCAUCAAAAUGCGACUUCUAAAAGCAGGACUAACCUUAGGUCAGACACAUUUAAGGAAACCGGGAACACUAACAUUAAAAAAGGUGUUGAUGAACAGUUGUCGGUCGUGCUCCUCUGGUAUCGUCCCCAAUGAAAGAAUCCGCAACAUCGGAAUCUCGGCGCACAUCGACUCGGGGAAGACCACACUCACGGAGCGCGUCCUUUUCUACACGGGCAGGAUAGCAGAGAUCCAUGAGGUAAAGGGAAAGGAUGGAGUCGGGGCCACCAUGGACUCGAUGGAGCUGGAGAGGCAGAGAGGCAUCACCAUCCAGUCAGCUGCCACAUACACCGUCUAUAAGGAUUACAACAUCAACAUCAUCGACACCCCAGGCCAUGUGGACUUCACCAUCGAGGUGGAGCGAGCCCUGCGUGUUUUGGACGGGGCGAUCCUGGUCCUAUGUGCAGUUGGCGGGGUCCAGUGCCAGACCCUGACCGUGAACAGACAGAUGAAACGCUACAAUGUUCCCUUCCUCACCUUUAUCAACAAGCUGGACCGCAUGGGAGCCAACCCCAGCCGCGCCCUGCAGGCCAUGAGGACCAAGCUGAGCCACAACGCAGCCUUUGUGAACAUCCCCAUCGGUCUGGAGGGGAACAUGAAGGGCAUCAUAGAUCUCAUAGAGGAGCGCAGCAUGUACUUCGAGGGCCCAUUCGGACAGAAUAUUCGGUUAGAUGAGAUCCCGGCGGAGUUCCGUGUGGAGGCUGCAGACAGGAGACAGGAGCUGGUGGAGUGUGUGGCUAACGCUGACGAGACCCUGGGCGAGAUGUUCCUGGAGGAGAGGAUCCCCACCGUGCCAGAACUCAAGUCAGCCAUACGCAGGGCCACAGUGCAGCGGCUCUUCAGCCCCGUGCUGGUGGGAACUGCCCUGAAGAACAAGGGUGUCCAGCCUCUAUUGAACGCAGUGCUGGAUUAUCUGCCCAACCCCACAGAGGUCAACAACUACGCCCUCUUCAACGAUGAGGAGUCCAGUGACAGUACUAAGAUCCUGAUGGAUCCCACCAGAGACGCCUCGCAGCCCUUCGUUGGCCUGGCCUUCAAACUGGAGGCGGGUCGGUUUGGUCAGCUGACGUACGUGCGUGUGUACCAGGGCUGUCUGAAGAAGACAGAGUAUAUCAUCAAUACACGCACUGGCAAGAAGGUCCGUGUGCAGAGGCUAGUGCGUCUCCAUGCUGACCAGAUGGAGGAUGUGGAGGAGGUGUAUGCAGGGGACAUCUGUGCCCUUUUUGGGAUCGAUUGUGCCAGCGGAGACACUUUCACCUCCCGGACCAGCGCCAACCUCUCCAUGGAGUCCAUCCACAUUCCAGAGGCUGUCAUCUCCAUGUCUAUGAAGCCGUCCAACAAGAAUGACAUGGAUAAGUUCUCUAAAGGCAUCAACCGCUUCACCAGAGAAGACCCCACGUUCAGGGUCCACUUUGACACAGAAAGCAAGGAGACUAUCAUUUCUGGCAUGGGAGAACUGCACCUGGAGAUCUACUCACAGAGGAUGGAGAGGGAGUAUAACUGCCCCUGUGCGAUGGGAAAACCAAAGGUAUCCUUCAGGGAGAGCGUGACCAGUGCGGUACCGUUUGACUUCACCCAUAAGAAGCAGUCUGGUGGUUCUGGGCAGUACGGUAAAGUGAUAGGAGUUCUGGAACCUCUGGACCAAGAGAACUACACAAAAGUGGAGUUUGAAGACCAGACUGUCGGAACUAACAUCCCCAAACAGUUUGUGCCGGCUGUUGAGAAGGGAUUCAGAGAGGCCUGUGAGAAAGGCCCUCUGACUGGUCACAAGAUCUCAGGUAUCAAGUUCCUAUUGGAAGACGGAGCGCAUCACAUGGUGGACUCGAAUGAGAUCUCCUUCAUCCGUGCAGGGGAGGGUGCUCUUAAACAAGCCAUGGAGAAGGCCAACGUUGCCGUGCUGGAGCCAAUCAUGUCAGUAGAAAUUGUGGCGCCCGAUGAGUUCCAAGGGACUGUCAUCGCCGGGGUCAACCGUCGCCAUGGCGUCAUCAGUGGGCAGGAUGGGGCGGAGGGCUACUUUACUUUGUAUGCUGAUAUUCCACUGAAUGACAUGUUUGGUUACGCCACAGAGCUCCGGUCCUGUACAGAGGGGAAAGGAGAAUACACCAUGGAGUACAGCAGAUACCAGCCCUGUCUGCCUGGCACUCAGGAGGAGCUCAUCAACAAAUACCUGGAGUCAACAGGACAGCUGCCUGCCAAGAAGGGGAAGUGGAAGAACUGAGCGUGGACCACCCACACACACACACACAAUCACUGAAUUGUAAACACAUUGCAGUACUGCAAUGGAAUGCUCGACAAACACAAACCGCGCUCAACCUGCUGUUAACAUACUGGGCCCUGCCUUACCAAGGUGGGUGUAUUAUAUCGUAUGUGCAUUCAAAAUGCUACAAAUGGUCAGACAGAUGACCAAGUGAUUUCCUUGAUUCGCCCUCGUUUUCCGUCAUACUCUCGUCCUAAAGUAUCCAUUUUCAUUUGGCCUCGGCUCUCCAGCAAACAGCCUUGUCCCCACAGCCUAGCAGUUAUUAUGAAGACUUGAGGCGAGCUCAAAGUUUGGACUUCAACUUGGGCAUGUAUAUUAACUGGUUUUGUACUAUGUACAGCAUGUUGUUGUUAUAAUGAAGAUUAUUAAAUAAGAUUUAUCUAA